GAUAUGGUUGGAGGUGAUACACAGUCGCGAAGAAAAAGCUCCUGACAGAUUUAAUUCAGGGCGAACAGUUCAAAAAAAUAUUGGCCUUCAUUGGUCAGCUUGCAUGCGACGUCAUACAUUUGUCAUGACUCUGGGACGCGGGAGUCCCUUCAGCCUCGGUUUGACUGGAUUUGUCUCCACGCUGGCUUGUCCGCUGACUGAAAAAGUAAGCUAUAAGUUACGGACACGAUUCAAAGCUUCACACAUGGCUGGUGAGAAAGAAAUAUGGGAAAAGAUUGGAGAGGGCUUUGUCCAAGAAUAUUACCACCAGUUUGACAAUACCAACCGGAUGGGAUUGGGUUACUUAUAUUCUGGUCAAGCCUGUUUGACAUGGGAAGGGACAAUUUUUCAGGGGAGAGAAGCCAUCGCUGGCAAAUUAGCAAGCUUGCCUUUCAAGCGUAUUCAGCACAUUAUCACAGAAAAAGACUUCCAACCCACAAUAGAUAGCUGUGUGCUCAUCAUGGUCUUUGGACAGUUGCAGGCAGAUGAAGAACAACCAAUGGCCUUUCAUCAAGUGUUUAUGCUGAAGUCCCAAAACGGUUCAUGGGCUUGCACAAAUGAUGUGUUCCGGUUGGGGAUACACAACAUACCAGUGUAGCGACCUGGAUUUGCUGAUUCGCACACUUUGAUAUCCAGCUCUGAAUUCAUAUGAUGGUCCUGCCAUCACUGAAAACAGAUAAUCAUAUGCUUAUUUUCUCCAUGGCUACAACACAUAUAUAAGCAUGCUGCUUGUAUUAAAUAUGUCAAAUUACAUUCCUGUUCAAUAAAAGAAUUUAUUA